AGAUGAGGCCAUGGCGGGUCGAUCGCAGGGCUCAACACUACUCGCUUGCCGACAGAAUACCUCCCUCUUUACCAUCGACAGCAAGCAAGCGAUCAUCUGCGUCAGGCGAAAUGGUGAACGCAAGCUUGACGGGUUUGUGGAGACAAGGAUCGUGGGGUCGGCUUCUGUCUAUCCUGUACGACUCGCUCACCAGAGAUGCGCAAUCAGGAGAAUCGCUUGAGGUGACGUCGCGGCAUUUCUUCUCAGCCUCGUUGAUGGCCUUUCUCGGGAGACGGACGGGCCAGGACUCUGUCACCACGAGGGCACUUCUCUCGACACCCUCCUCGUACCUCUGACGUACCCAGACGUGAGCGUCUGAUCAGCACGCAGAGAGAAUCCAUUGCAGCUGGUGUUGCAAACUUGCCUUUAUCCCUUUUCAUGCUACGAAUCAUCCUGUCCCCCCAUUCGAUGGAUGGCGUUGAAGACGUCAAUACUCUUUGCGCAAGGCUUCACAGCGUCCACCGCGUCCCUCGCUACCGUACGAGCUGCUCCUCAUCUCGGACGUGCUGCUCUUUCAUCCUUGGUCCCAUUUCCCUGCCAAGGAAUCUGCUUCGUUCAUCGCGACGAGGCAGCAAUGCGACGCUGCGCAACGCACACUCGCACGCACCAGACUCACUCCUUGGCGCAGGUGCUGGCGUUGAACGAAGUCCACUGAUGUGCAC